AUGGCGAGCGCGGCUCCGCCCGCCACGAAGCCCGUGGUGCACUCUUUCCCCUCCGACCUCGUGGAGGCGGAGGCGGCUCAACGUGCGAAGGAGGAAAUUCGCCGUAAAGUCGAGGCUGAGCUCGUCGCGGCGCUCACUUCUCUGGAGACCGCCAAGAAUGCCAAAUGGGUCGGGGGCGCAUCCGACAAGGAGAACUCCGAGCCGGGCGCGUCUGACACGAAGCUGAAAGAAGAGCUCGCGCGAACCAAGGAGGAACUGAACGGGUGCAGGUUUCUGCUGCGAGACGCGCAGAAUGCGCUCGCCGAGGAGGCGGCGAAAACGGAGGCGGCGAACAAGGAUGCCCAGCGCUGGGAGGGUGAGGCGAGCAAGCUCCGGGACGAGCUGGCGAGCGUCAAGGAUGAGCUCGACAAGGCCCGCGUGGCGACCGCUGCGGCGCAGGGUUUCGUGAAGCGUCACCAGGAGAUGCAGCGCCAGCAACAGGAGGCGACGGAGAUGAUGCGCCGGGCGGAGGAGUUGAAGCUCGCGAUGGAGAGCCAGGCUGUUGCCGUCGAGCCACCCGUCGCGGCGGAACCCUCGGCGCCCGCGGUGGACGGUGAGAACAUCGGCCACCCGCCUCCUCCUCCCAGGUCGCCCGCGCGACCCACGCCCAAGGCUGGCGAGGAUGCGUUCCCCAAGGUUGACGUCGAGAAGGUCAAGCUCGCCAGACAGGUGGCAAAGCAGACCCAGGAGGCGCUCAGGGCUCAGGAAGCCGCCAUUGCUCAGAUUAACCAACUUCUCGUCGAAAACGCCAAACUGGGCAAGGAGCUCGCGGAGGAGAGGAAGAAGACGGGCGCGCUGGAGAACAUCGGCCAGGACAUCUUCAAGGGUUGGUGGGGCUGA